AUGGCCUACCUCUUGUUAUAUGUGGAUGAUAUCAUCCUCACUGCCUCUAGUGAUCGUCUCUUACACCAUUUUAUCAAGGCUAUGUCACAAGAAUUUUCCAUGACUGAUCUUGGCAGAUUACACCACUUCUUGGGUAUUGAAGUUCAACACCAGAAUGGAGGUCUCUUCCUUUCCCAGCGCUCUUAUAUACAGGACAUCUUAAGUAGGGCAAAGAUGGAAAACUGCAAACCUUGUCAUACGCCAACUGACAUUAAUUCAAAACUUAGUGCUUCAGCUGGCAACCUCCUUCCUGAUGGCACCUUGUACCGUAGUCUUGAGGGUGCUUUGCAAUACCUUACUUUCACCCGCCCGGACAUUUCGUAUGCAGUUCAGCAGAUCUGCUUGUUUAUGCAUGCCCCAAGGGAGCCUCACUUCGCAUUCCUGAAACGUAUUCUACGCUACCUUAAAGGCACAGCUGAUCACGGGUUACAUUUACUCCCCUCCAAGUCAGUUCAAAUGACCGCGUACUCUGAUGCUGACGGGGGGGGGGGUUGUCGAGAUACGAGACGAUCAACAUCUGGUUAUUGUGUGUUUCUUGGGGACAACUUAAUCUCUUGGUCUUCCAAGCGUCAAUCUAUUAUUUCACGCUCUAGUGCUGAAGCAGAAUAUCGCGGCGUCGCCAACACCACAGCUGAGCUCUCCUGGAUUCGUAAUCUUCUCCUCGAACUGCAUUUACCGGUCAGACAGGCCUCCAUCAUUUACUGUGACAACAUUUCUGCUAUUUACUUGUCUCACAAUCCGGUUCAGCACCAACGCACCAAGCAUGUGGAAAUUGACAUUCAUUUUGUGCGCGAAAAAGUUCGUCUUGGUGCAGUUCGUGUUCUACAUGUUCCUAGAGAGUACUAG